AUGAGAAAAACGGCUCAUCAGAACUGCAUUCCAGCUUUUAGUUGGAACAUGGAAUAUGCAAACAUUAUACAAGACAGUUCCAACAACCAAGGGAGGGCAGUGCUGGUGAGACAAAGAAAUAAGAUUGCAUCGCAAAAAGAUAGACAGGAUUGGUGGAAAAUUGAACCCAAAUACUCUAAUACAGUUCUCAUUUGAAAUUGGCUGGAAGAGAGGAAAAGGUUUAUAAAAGACACUGGGGGACUCGGCAGCAGCAUGUACAGAGCAGACUUCACCUGCUUCCUGAAUCACAAACCAGACGAAGCACUAAGGAGAGCCAUGAUGGAAAAAUCUGAGGGCCUGCCGAUGCAGUGCUUCUUCACCCACCAUGAGGAACCAAGAAGCUGAAAUUUAGUUUCGGAGUAUGAUGAUAAUACAUAAUAUUAUAUAAUGUACAAUAGACAUGGUUACAAGCCUGUGCUGCCUCCCCUCUGCAGCUGGAAUGGAUGCAAGUUUGCCUGGAUUCCUCAGAAAUCAGAUUUCCCCAUACUUGAACCACCCACCAACUAUGGCCUUCUUGAGCACCUGAUGAAAAAAUGGCACAAGAAAGAAGCUGGAGUGAUGAACAACGUCUACACCAUUUCCUAUCAGAGCCCACUGAUUUCUGCUUUUGCUACUUGUCAGCUGAGACAACCAGCUAAUCAUGACCCCUCUUCCAACCAGGAACAUCUUCCCCAAAACAUUAGAGGAAUCCUGGACUGUGAAGGGGAUCAGAAAUAUCUGCAAGCCACUGGCCAACUGGUGAGAGACAGGAAAGCAAGGGACACCUCUGUGUAAACUGCUUAGGGUGAUCUUAAGUACUACUUAAUAUAGCUUGUUGUUUAUGUACGUAAGAGGGAUCUGUUCCACGUGGAAGUAAGGAGAAUGAGGUUGUAUAGGCGGAGGGCUGUCUACUAGUUAGAACAAGUUGCUGGGUUACAUUCUGACCUGCAGAUGGCUGGGAAUAUUUCAGAAGAUAUAAAAUCACUGAAAACAAAAUUUCCAUCUGUUGGUGUCUGGUCAAUGAAUAGCUGCUGUAAGCAAAAAACAAAACAAAACAGAGUGGGAGUGAACCUGAAAGGAUGUAAGUCUCUUAAUUGCUUUCUCCUGAGUUGUUUCUUCAUUUUUACACAGCUUGACAUGUUUCUUUGAAGCAAGAGUAGAAAAGAAACUUGCGUUAUCCCACAGUGUGUCUGAAACACCCAAGAAUAAAGUAAACAUGUGAAAUGGCUGCAUACCCAAGAAGGACAAGGUGAACCAAGGUUUCUCCCAAUGCAGUAAGCAAGCAGACCCUGAUUGCCCUUGGCUUUAUGUACUGAAUGGCACUUAAUGGUAGAUAAGCUGCAAAGUGAACUACUUUAGCUGACCUUACAUUACUAGACUGUAAACGUGGAAGAAAUCUCUGUAGGUGACCUUUAUACUGCUGGGUAGGCUACCCUGUAUUACUCAGUUGAGAAAGUAUGUGAAUGGCCUAUGUAAAAAGUGCUGACAGAAGUCUGAAUUCUUUUUGCAGCGAUGUGCAGCUUCUGUAUUUAAAUACCA